ACCACUCUCAUCUUACCCUCAUCCACAAACUAGUCUAAAAAAUUUAGCUUUUUUGCUCUACUUUUCUCCCGAUACCAACAGCAGCUCGAGCGUUUUCCAGAAAACCAAGUAGAUCUCUCAUUUGUUAGCCAUGUUAGAAGGAAAAGCAGUGAUUGGAGAGACUGAUAUGCUCCAAACCAUGCAGCAAGAUGCCCUUGACCUAGCAUCAAAAGCGCUUGACAUUUUCGAUGUUACUGAGGCUACUGAGAUUGCCCGCUUCAUUAAAAAGGAAUUUGAUACGACAUACGGACCUGGGUGGCAAUGCAUUGUAGGGACAGAUUUUGGUUCGUUUGUGACCCAUUGCUCUGGCUGUUUCAUCUAUUUUUGCAUAGGCAGCCUUGCAAUAUUGCUCUUCAAGGGCUCUGCGGCUCCAGAAGCUGAGACGAACCAGUUUGCAGCCUUGGAUGCAGUGAAAGCGUGAUAGUUUUCUUUUCUAUUACUGCUCUUCUUGUUACCAUAUCUAAGUUGUGUAGUCUUGAAAGAUCUUUUACAACCAAAAAAAAAGUUCUGAAGUCAAUUAUCUUUAUUUUCAUAUUUCAAACA